UAAGUUCUCUUUGUAGUCAAUUAAGAAUUGGAGAUCAAAUUCUACAAAAUCUCUUCCGUCGUCACUUCCGCAAAAUCUAAGAGGCGAUUUCCUGGAUUGUAUACACUUUUCUGUAAGAUGAAUUCAUAGCUCGUGAGUGAAUUUUGUAUCUUUUUGAGUGAGACCAAGCCCAAUAAGCUGCAAUCAAAAAGGAAUUUUUGCUGAUCCGAUCAAAUGUACUAAGUGAACGGACAACUAAUACGAAACAGAGGAGUAUUUUAUACCAGUUUACCCGUUCGCAGAAAAAUAAAACAAUUGUGUUCUCUUUUUUCCUAAGAAUUGUUUUUUUUCCAAAUGAUCCAUUGUUAAACUCAAGCCAAACCUCCACCAGCGUCGAGGUCUCCACCACUGGGCAACAAACUGUUCAGAACGUCUGAAUGAAAAUUUUCUACUUCAGCAACACAAGUUCAUCGUCGUCAUGACAAGCUCGACGGAGCUUGCUUUUCUGGUUAUUUAUGCCGUUUCAUUUUACAUUUUCAUUAUUUAUCGAUCUCUUCAAAUCUCCCAAGAUCAUUACACUAAAGUUUAUGGACUUAGACCUGGUUGGAUCUUUCAUCGACUCAAUGAUGUAUCUGAUGCUCAGUGGAGAAAUUUUCGGGGCAAUUUGUCGAUUCUUACAUUAGUGUUUGGAAUCUUCACUCUAAUGGCUACCUCAUGUAGAAAAUAUGGUCUAAAAGCAAAAGGAAUGUCGGUCAUUUGGCUGAUGCUUUCUUUGGCUUACUUGUCAUAUCUCCAUGGAGCUUGCAUCUUAUACAUCUUGUUUAUAGCUUCAGCUAAUUUUCUCCUAGUAAAGAUUUGCGGGAGAACAAAAUUUGUUUUUCUGCUUUGGAUCUUUAAUAUUACAUUGCUCAUAUGUAACCGUGUUUAUGAAGGGUAUCCAUUUUCCCUUUUUGGGCGAAGUUGGGCAUAUUUGGACAAUUACCGAGGCACUUUUAGGUGGCACAUCUGCUUCAAUUUUGUUAUCCUGCGAAUGAUUAGCUUCGGAUAUGACUACCAUUGGGCAUAUUACUCAAAUCGGUUUGACAAAGAGAAGCACAUCCAACGCUGCAACAAUUGUUCUUUAGGUAGAACAUGCUACCAGCUAUUGCAGGAGAGAAGUCUUGAAAAUGACAAAUUUUCCUUCACGAUAUACUUGAGCUAUCUGAUUUAUGCACCUCUAUAUAUUGCUGGACCAAUUGUUAGCUUCAACGCAUUUGCUUCACAGCUUGAUACUCCCCAGAGGACGCACUCAUUGAAAGAAGUGGUUUGGUAUGGACUUCGUUGGAUUUUUAGCCUGAUGCUUAUGGAAUCAAUGACACAUUUCUUUUAUUACAAUGCAUUUGCCAUUAGUGGCACAUGGAAACACUUAUCUCCUUUGGACAUCUUCAUCAUCGGGUAUGGUGUAUUGAACUUCAUGUGGCUCAAGUUUUUUCUCCUUUGGCGCUACUUUCGCUUCUGGUCACUGAUAAAUGGUAUUGAGGCCCCUGAGAAUAUGCCUAGAUGUAUAAAUAAUUGCUACAACUUGGAAAGUUUUUGGAGAAACUGGCAUGCCUCGUUUAACAAAUGGCUUGUUAGAUAUAUGUAUAUUCCUCUUGGGGGUACUCAGGCGAAGCUGCUAAAUGUGUGGGUUAUCUUCACAUUUGUUGCUGUAUGGCAUGAUCUGGAGUGGAAACUUCUUUCUUGGGCAUGGUUGACCUGCAUAUUCUUUAUACCAGAAAUGAUUGUAAAGUCAACAACAAAUACUUUAAAGGUGGAAAGUUCUUUUGGCAAGUUUCUAUACCGUGAACUUAGUGCUGUUGCGGGGGCUAUCACCAUCACUUGUCUAAUGGACUACCUACUCUUGGUGGCAUGUUUAUUACGUUUUACGUUGGAACUAAGCUGAUGUUUCACAUCUCUGAUGCCAAGCAAAAACGCAUCCACAGCCGAUGACAAAGGUUCAUUCCUGGGCAAACAGAACACAAACAACAUGAUACAAAACCCAUUCGUGUCUACAGUGUGUUCUUCCCAUGUCAUGAGAAGAGGAUACCAUGAAUAGUUAACACUUGGUCAUUUGAGGAAUUCAUUUUCAUCUUUGAAGUAACCCAUCAACCAACUAUACGUCGACCCCAAAUUAGUUAGAAUUUUUCUUUUCAAUCCCAAACUAGUUGCAAAUGACUAUGGUGUUUUACCUGGGUAUGCAAAACUAUACAAAUAGUUUAUCCGGCUAAGUAAUAGAAAUCAGUUUUUCAGAGCCAGAUAUGAGAACUGGUAUUGAAGCUGCUGAAUAUGAUUCAGAAUUGCAAAGGUUGGUCAGGUAUUUGGGAGUGAUUAACGGGAAUAUGCAAGGACUCUUAUAGUAGCUUUGAUUUUUCUUUUUUCUCUUGUAUUCAGCAAUGUUAAUUUGGGACAAGAGCAAUUAAAAUCUUUUAAUUUAGCUUUUAAUUAGAAGAUUUGCAGAGUGAAA